AACGUGCAGUUCGUGCUCGGUUCGCGAGAGAAGAUAGCUCACCUCUCGUUCACACCUGCUCCGGCGCGUGCGUUUUUCCAGAGACACGUGCAGGUCAAUAAAAUGUCCUUAAAAUGCCCCCUUAGAGCAGAGAGCGAAAGGGGUGGGCAGGGGAUUGCAUGACAAGCCAUUAAGUUACAGCGUCUUCAGUGGACGCUUUAGUUGUAAGAUGAAGAUCCAACCACGCAACUUUCCUCUCUGACAGCCGCAGCCUCUGAGUCUCCGGCGAACGCUCAAUGAGUAAAUCAGAACCGGAAAGCAACAGGAGGACGUUGACACUGUGAUACUGUAGCAGCAAUGUCCCAGCUGUAUUACCGGAAAACUGACAACUACUCAUACAGGGACCGUAUCCCUCUGCGGAUCGUGCGGGCCGAAUCUGAGCUCUCUGCCCUGGAGAAGGCCUACCUGGGGGCCGUUGAGAAAGGGGACUACGCCAGUGUGAAACAAGCCCUGGAGGAGGCUGAGAUCUAUUUCAGAAUCAAUAUCAACUGCAUCGACCCCCUGGGACGCACAGCCCUGCUCAUUGCCAUUGAAAACGAGAACUUGGAGAUCAUUGAGCUUCUGCUUAGUUAUAACGUGUAUGUAGGUGAUGCCCUGCUACAUGCCAUCCGUAAAGAAGUGGUGGGGGCUGUGGAGCUGCUACUCAACCACAAGAAGCCACGUGGGGAAAAACAGGUCCCACCAAUCCUUCUGGACAAACAGUUUUCAGACUUCACCCCGGACAUUACUCCAAUCAUCCUUGCAGCCCAUACCAACAACUACGAGAUCAUCAAACUGCUCGUGCAGCGAGGUGUUUCCAUACCGCAACCACAUGCUGUACGUUGCAACUGCGUGGAAUGUGUGUCCAGUUCAGAUGUGGACGGCCUGCGUCACUCUCGCUCGCGUCUCAACAUCUACAAGGCCCUUGCCAGCCCAUCUCUCAUUGCCCUCUCUAGUGAGGAUCCUUUCCUCACAGCUUUUCAGCUCAGCUGGGAGCUGAAGGAGCUGAGUACAGUGGAGAACGAGUUCAAGUCAGAGUAUGAGGAGCUGUCCCAUGUGUGUAAACAAUUUGCAAAAGACCUCCUGGACCAGACCCGAAGCUCUAAAGAGUUGGAAAUAAUCCUCAACUACCGUGAUGAUAUCAACCCUCUGCUGGAUGAGAACGCUAAUGAUCUGGCACGGCUGAAGUUAGCUAUCAAAUAUUGCCAGAAAGAGUUUGUUGCUCAGCCCAACUGUCAGCAGCUGCUGGCGUCUCGGUGGUAUGAUGAGUUCCCAGGCUGGAGGAGGCGUCACUGGGCAGGAAAGCUCAUCGCGUGUAUCUUCAUUGGCCUCCUCUUUCCACUGUUAUCCAUCUUCUACCUGAUCUCUCCAAAGAGCCGCUAUGGCUUAGUCAUCCGUAAGCCUUUCAUCAAGUUCAUCUGUCACACCACUUCCUACCUGGCCUUCCUCUUCUUGCUCUUCUUGGCCUCGCAGCACAUAGCCUCUGCAAACCCAAACUGCCAGGGCCCAGAACCCACUGCUGUGGAAUGGAUGAUCCUGCCUUGGGUGCUUGGCUUUAUAUGGACUGAGAUCAAACAGAUGUGGGACAGUGGUUUCCAAGACUACAUAGAUGACCGGUGGAACUUAAUGGACUUCAUAAUGAACUCCUUGUAUCUUGCAACAAUUGCCCUGAAGAUUGUUGCCUAUGCAAAGUACAGGGGGGAAAAAUCCAGAGACAGCUGGGAAAUGUGGCACCCAACUUUGGUGGCAGAAGCAUUGUUUGCUAUCGCCAACAUCUUCAGCUCCUUGCGCCUCAUCUGCCUUUUCACUGCAAACUCGCAUCUGGGGCCUUUACAGAUCUCACUGGGUCGCAUGCUCCUGGACAUCCUCAAGUUCCUCUUCAUCUACUGUCUAGUGCUUCUAGCCUUUGCCAAUGGCCUCAACCAGCUGUACUUCUAUUAUGAAACAGAUGACCUUAAUUGCAAGGGUAUUCGCUGUAAUCAGCAAAACAACGCCUUCUCAACGCUGUUCGAGACACUGCAGUCAUUAUUUUGGUCUGUGUUUGGCCUGAUUUCCCUCUAUGUGACCAAUGUUAAACCAAAACAUGAAUUCACUGAGUUUGUGGGCACUACCAUGUUUGGCACAUACAAUGUGAUCUCCCUGGUAGUGCUUCUGAACAUGCUAAUUGCAAUGAUGAACAACUCCUACCAGCACAUAGCUGAUCAUGCAGAUAUAGAGUGGAAAUUUGCAAGAACAAAAUUAUGGAUGAGUUAUUUUGAAGAGGGGGGGACUUUGCCAUCUCCCUUCAAUAUAAUACCUAGUCCAAAGUCAGUUUAUUAUCUAAUUGGAUGGAUAAAAUCAUUUUUGGUUAGGAGACCAAGCCUAAAAAGGCUCGAAACAUUUGAAACUUUGGGGAGACGUGCAGCAGAAAAUGUAAGAUUAAACCAUGAGUAUCAGGAGGUUUUGAGGAACCUUAUGAAGCGGUAUGUGGCUGCAAAGAUCAGAGAUGCCAAGACAGCGGAGGGUUUGACAGAAGAGAAUUUCAAGGAGCUUAAGCAAGAUAUCUCCAGUUUCCGCUAUGAAGUCCUGGGAAUGAUGAAGGGUAAAUCUCAUGGUAGGGGAUCAAGUAAAGUUGCAAGCGCCACCUUGGCAUACCCUGGAAGCGCAUUUCAAUACUCUCCCAAACUGCCUACUGAUGAGUCUGAACAGAAGCUGAAUCUAUUUGAUGUGAUCACCACCAACACCCUACAGAGUGGAGAUUCCAACAGCACCAGCUCUGUUUUUUCUAACAGACUCGCCAAUGGUUCAGUUUUUCCGUCCAGUACAGGAAAGACUGAACUAUGUAAGGAUGUCUCAGAUGCUGGGCCACUCCAGAGACUGAGCAGACUCCCCUCUCAGAAAUGUGAUGAAAUAUAUCCAUUGUCAAAGGAAGACUCAUUGGAAUCUGGUGGACAAAACCAAGAACACCUUCAGGCUGAGGAAGUAAUUGUGGAAGUCUUACAGAAAGUAGAGGAGAACAUUCAAGAAACUGAAGAUUCUGGCAAAGAGCACAUUAAGGAAGUAACAAACGGGCCAAAAAAAUAUAAAAAUUAAUCUGUAUCUGUAAUGGGGGGAUGCUAGUCAUAUUUUGGGUUCACUUUUAAAGUUUUAUUCUUUCCUCUGCCAGUUUUAAAAUAGUUUAUUGAAAUAAACUAAUUCUCCCAGGGUAAACAGUACUGUAGUUAAACCGUAUAUUCAUUUUACAUCUUGUAUCCUAUCAUGUAUACAUGGUAUAACAAUAUUAUGUAAUAUGUAACUUGAUGCUCAGUAAAUUGACUGACAUGGGUCAGUAAUUCAUGUUUCACCUUGAGCAAUUAAUUCCAAAGAGCCAAGACACCCUUUUGCCUAUCCUCCAUUCUUAUACCUUGAAAAAAUUUCUUACUGUGAUAUGCAAAAAAUCUCGAAUAUGCAUCUCGAAUCUCUUGUCUAUAGAAAAACUAUUAAUCCUCCUAUGCUGACAGUAUGCAGUUCUUUUUGUUAAAAUUAUUUAUACAGGAAGAAAUAAUCAAGAAAACUAACAUUAAGUAAAAAAGAAAAAAGUUUUUCUUUAAUGCCUGUCCUUACAUUAGACAGUUGA